GAAUGAGAGGACCAUGGAGGGGGUUUAUGGAUGUGGUGAUGGAAGACAUGAAGGUGGAGAACAGAUUGGUAUGAAGACGGAUAAUCCGAGGAUCUCCUGUAGCGACCUCUAACGGGAGAAGCCGAAAAAAGGAGAAGUUAUUGAUACAGAUGAUAAACAGAUUUACGUAACGGAUCUGUGCCGCCAAAAAAACAACAACAACAAAAACAAUGACGUCACAAGCAAUUUGUGUUUGAAUAUAAAGGGCUCGUCACGCGCUGCAGGUGUUCAGACGGUGUGAGCAACUGAUUUAGGAAACACGCAUCUCUUUAUCGUCCAGUUUUUUGUUUCACAACUCGGAAUUCCCCAACACUGAGAACUGAAAAAGGAAAAGGAAUGGAAAUGGAGACAGAAAUGAUUGAUUGUAAUACAGACAACGAACCUGAACUCCAGCCCAAAGAGAAGCUGGUGGAGAAGCAGAGAACAGGGACAGAGGAGAAGGAGGAAAAACCUGAGCAGGAACAACCUUUGGAUGAGGUUGAGGACAAGGAGAUAGACGAAAACAAAUUAAUGAAUAUCGUGAGAGGUGUGAGGCAAAACACAACAGACGGUUUGUAUAAUUUCACUCUGGGAAAGAAGCUUGGAAAUGGAACCUUUGGUUGCAUCUACGCAGCUGUUCGGAAGUCAGAUGGGAAGCAGGUGGCCCUAAAAAUCUUUUUGAAAAAUAAAUAUACCUUAUACAUCACUCCACCUGGUGACACACGGAGACUCCCUGCAGAGGUGGCACUAUUAGAGCUUGUGUGUAAGCCACCUCGUUGUCCAUACGUGAUCGAGUUGCUGGAAUGGUUUGAGCUACGCAGAGCCUUCAUCUUGGUCCUGGAGCGCCCUGACCCCUGCGUAGAUCUUUUCGACCAUAUGGAAACUACAUAUAUGAGUGAAUCCGAAAUUCGACUGGUUAUGAAACAAAUAGUUCUUGCUGCAUGUCAUUGCCGUGAAAGAGGCGUGCUCCAUCGAGACAUCAAGUCUGAAAACAUUCUUUUUAACCCUCAUACUUGUGAAGUAAAGCUAAUUGAUUUCGGCUGUGGUGAUCUGCAUAAGGACACCAUCUACAAAACAUAUUCAGGCACGCAACUUUACAUCCCACCUGAAGUGUAUAUUGAUAAUGGGUACAAGGCCGACUCUUCUACCGUCUGGGGUCUGGGCAUACUCUUAUACAGCCUUAUAUAUAAACAAUAUCCCUUUUCUGGAAAGGAAGAAAUUGUUAAAGGCCAUGUUUACUAUCCUUUUGAGCUGUCUAAAGCUUCCAUCGAUUUGAUUUCAUGGUGUCUUGAGCGUAACCCUAAUAACAGACCAACCCUUAACCAGAUCCUUGAACAUCACUGGUUUCAGGACCUAUAUGCUGGAUCGUUGUGUCUGCUGCCCUCUAGUGCUGAUGUGAACUCCGUCCUUCUGUAUUCCUCUUCUUCUUUUGGCUGCUUCCUUUAGGGUCCCCCACCACAUCCAUAAAUCUACUCUUCC